AUGGCCACAGGGCAUGAUGUGCCAGCCCUGCAGCCGCAGCCGGUGCAUCAGCAGAGCCGCUGGAAUCUCCCCGGAUCUGCGGCAGGAGCGGCUCCAGCAGCAGAACCCCGCUGCGAGCUCCGGAGCUCGGCCCCGCUCUGCCCGCAGCUCCUCCUGGGCUCCUCCCCGGAGCCGCUCCGCAGAGCCGGGGGUGCCGGGGGGGCUCUGCUGGGCCCCCCGACUUCUGCUCACGCCUGCAGCUCCCGGGGCUGCUGUGCCAAGCGUUUUCCUGCCAGCUGCUCAGCCGUGCUGCUUGCGGCCGUGCCUGUGCCUGUGGAAGCUGUGGCAGGCACCGGGGAUGCUGUGGGCGCCCAGAGCUCCGGCUGGCCCCUCCGCGACACCGGCCCCGGGUUCCGAUUGCGGUGCCGUGGCCAGGGAAUGGUUCCACGGUUGCCAAGGGCAGGAGCCGAGCGCUCAGACUCGCCGCCCUGCCCUGCUCGGUGUGUGGCAGGGACAGCGCAGCCCACGGCCCGUGUUUGUCCCGCAGGUGUGCUGAGCUUGCCGGCGGCCGCUGCGGCUCCGCCGGUGCUGCCGGUGCCGCCGGUGCCGGGCAGCCCGCUCUCGGACAGGGAGUACCAGCAGUUCUUUGCCAAGCUGCACCCGCCCUGGCAGGCAAACAUGUUCUGCCUGCUGCGCCAGGCCUACGGCUGCCUCAACCACGACAUCCGGCGCCUGGACCAGGAGGAGAACCACGGAAAAAUCCCCGAAGGGCCGAUCUGCACUGAAUUUCCAGAGGUGGUGCAGUUCCAGACCUUCUGCCAGUUUGCUCAGUAUCGCUGCCUCAAACAGCAGUUCUUCGUCAAGCGAGUCCCAUGUUUGGGUUGGUCUCUAACAAACCCUUCCCCGAUGGAGCCAUCCAGCACCCCAGACUCCUCGGCAGCGGACAGAGGCUCCCCUGUCACACAAGGUCAGAAACCAUGGCAGACAAAGCACCCCACAGCCACGCCAAAGGUGCCCACACCCCGGCAGAAGAGUAGGACUACGCACCCACCGACUCCCUGGGCUACCACCUCACCUUCCAGGGUGGAAUCCCCUGAGGAGCAAAGCCUGAGGAAAAGCAUCUGGCAGCUGAUCCAUUCAGCCCUCUCCUUGGAUGCGUCCUUGGAGACCAAGAACUCCUCUUGGAACCUCACCAGCUUGGGCCCAGGACACACAGUGAAGUCAGAAAUCCACCCCCGAGGCAGCCUUUCUGUCAGCCUUCUAGCCCUGCAGAACGAUGAGGCAGUGCUGAUCCUGUGCUACGCAGUGCUGGAGGGAGAUUGCCUCUCCUCGAUGCUCGCCACAGCCUGGAGGGAGAUGGAGAAAAAAAACUUUGAGUUCGGAGACUCGGUGUGUGACAACCUUGGGCGGCACCACUUGGACCUGUGCCCUGCCUGUGCUUUUUGCUCGCUGAAGAGGGAGCAGUGCCAGAACAUCAAGACCCUGAACCGUGUUCACUGCGACUCGGGCAGCUUCUCCACCUACAUCAACCCUCAGAUCUCGGCCCAGCUCGGGGAUGAGGAGGGCAAGCCCAUGUCCUCAGAGACCCUGGAGGGCUACAACAUGGACUUUUUGAGAGGGAUGAGUUUGGAGUACUGGUGCAGCCAGAUGGCCAUCUAUGGCUGUAAGGAGCCUGCUGUGAUCCUCUGGCUGAAGGCAGAGUAUGAAGCCUUCCAAAACGGGGAUGGUUCAGGAAAGAUCUGUGACUCGAGAGGAAAUCAGCAUCCCAGCUACUGCAUGUUCAAGAGCUACCAGUGCCUCCUGAAGAGCAUCUACAACCAGAGGGUGGCUCCCAUGGAAUGCAAGCCUUACAAGAGCUACCGGGUGCUGAGUGCAAAGGAGGGAGACGAGGAGGUGCAGCUGUGGCAAGAGAUAUUCCACAGCCUCUCCAAGCAGAAAUCUGAAAGUUAAUAAAGUUUGUAAA